AUGGAAGGGUGGGUUCUAGUCCUGUGGGCUCUGCUGCUGGGCCAGGGAACAGUCCUGGUCCCGCACGGCCCCGAGGCUGCCCUGCAGGGCUUUGCUGGAGGCAAAGCACAGACAGUCCUGUUCCAGCGGGGCGGGGGCUGCCCCACAGGUGUGAACCUGACCUGCUUCCGAUGCUUCAAAGUCACCAAGGCAGAGCAGUGCACGCCCACCGUGUGCUCCUCCGGGGACCAGGUCUGCGUCUCUCACACGGUGAUGUUCCUUCUCGGAUCAGGGGUGUAUGUUUUGCUCAGCAAGCGCUGCGCCCCCUGGUGCCCCAACACCAACAUGAUCCAUGAGUGGCCGUCGCCCCACAAGGUGCUCAGGAGGAUCGUCAGGCAGUGCUGCGCCAGGAGUCUCUGCAACGCGGCGCCCCCCACCCUGGGGGUUCCCUGGGCCCUGCUAGCGGUGCUGAUGUUCCCAUGGGGCCUCAGCCUCCUCGGGGCCCUGCUGUGA